UUAUCGGCGGUAAUUAGUGCAUCGUCAAAAUGGUAACCAGUACAGUAGUGGUUCUCGCUGUAAUGGCAGUUGGCGGUUGGCUUCCACGGUGGACUAACGCGAGCUGUUUCUAUUCGUUGGAUAUGAAGUUUGGCUCCGAUUACUACUUGACCUCGCCGUCGUAUCCUCAGCGGUAUGAUCCGGGCACGGAUUGUUCGUACCAGAUCAAGGCACCAUUUGGUUACCGGAUUAAUUUUACAUGCGAGGAUUUUCGGAUUCCCGGGAAACAUCGACACGCUCCUCCAAAACCACUUUUUCAGCAUAUACCCGUACAAAGUACCUACUGUAAGUUCGACACCUUCUACCUUUCACAAACCGGCCGAGAAGACCUGCAGGAUGCAUACACCUACUGCGGAGCAGGCAUAAUUCGAGAGAAAUCAAUUGGCAACAGGCUGUACAUCCGACUCAGGGCAGCUCCAAAGAGCUGGGGAGGUCGUUUCCUUUGUUCGAUGUCCCUCAUUCCUCAAAGUUGCUCUUGCGGAAAGAAGAAAGUGACUCGUAUUGUGAAUGGUGUCCAGACGAAGGUCAACGAAUUCCCCAUGAUGGCUGCUUUGGUGGACAUUAAAUCAAGAUUGAUCAUUUGCGGGUCCACUAUUAUUUCCAACUAUUACGCCUUAUCGGCAGCGCAUUGCCUGCUGCUGAGAACGGUGGAUGACACCGCUUUGCUGGUUGGUGAUCACAAUCUAACCACGGGAGCCGAGACUCCGUACGCCCAAGCCUACAUCAUAGCUCAAUUUUUGUCACAUCCCGGAUUUACAACGCGACCCGUAUCGAAUGACAUUGCGCUGAUCCGAACGUUGCAGCCAAUACAAUUCAACGAAGCCGUUGGACCCGUUUGUUUGCCGUGGAAGUACCGUAGUGAGAAUUUCGACGGUGCCAUCGUGGAAGCCUGCGGCUGGGGAGAUUUGGAUUUCGGUGGACCAAAAUCGGACGUUCUCAACAAGGUGGCCCUCAACGUUAUCAGUAAUCAGGAGUGCUCGAGUCGGUUGAAUUCGACCAUUACGCAUCAGAAGAUGUGCACCUACACGCCGACAAAGGACACCUGCCAGUCCGAUUCGGGUGGACCACUUUUCUAUACCGAACCCGAGAACGGAUUGGUCUACGAGGUUGGCAUUGUGAGCUAUGGGGUUGCCUGUGCCACGGCAAAUCCCAGUGUUAACACCAGAGUGACUGAUUUUUUAGACUGGAUUAUGGCCAACAGCCCCGGCGCGUUCUAUUGCUUCCAGUAGAGCGGCAGUGAAGCGAGUUAUAUGGUUUGGACGCCACUGCGUGAUGUAGCAGCGAGUAGGAAAAAAAAAGGGUCACCACGAAUGGUUUUGUGUUAUAUUUUUUUUCCCAAAACUGUAGUCCGAGGAUUACCAAGUUAGCCGGGUGCCGUGAGAUUGAAUGAAA